AUGAUGAAAACAAACAGAACCGUUGAUGGAGUACUUAGCGAAAAUAUCUCUUUAAAAGAGGAGAACAAAAAACUUUUAAUGGAUUUGGCUGAAUUAAAACGUAUAGUCGAAGAUAAAAUAUCUCUUUUAGCCACAUCUGAAGCAAUGCGUAAGGAAGAGAAGGAAAAGAGUCAGAGAGACACAUUUAUCCGUAUUGAUUUAGAAAGCGAAAUUGCAGUUCUCAAAAAGAACUCAGAAAGACGUGAGAAGAAGCUCGCAGAAUUAAGUGACGAAAAUGCAGAGUUAAAAUACGUGAUAAUCGAUAAUGAAAGAGAUAUAAAAAGCCUAGAAAGCAGGGUAACCCAACUAAGCAAGUCUAGAGAGGACCAAAAAGUUAGUGAAAACGUUGUGGUAGUAGAAAACCAAGUCAACAAGACUAUUAGCCGUAUGAAGCUGAAGAACGACGAUAUUGAUGAUAUUUGUAAUAUCAUUUGCAACAGCACAGUCGAGAAAUAUGGUGAACGUGCUUGGUUCCAUUUAAAUAAUUAUGGCUACAGCAAAAUCGAAGAGAAACUCGAACAACUAACCCAAGUAGUAUUUUAUAAUAAAGAAAGUUGUAUCAAGUUUAGAGAUAUCACUAGAGAAUAUAUUGUUAACAAUGGAGGUCAAAUGGAAUGGAACGGUUACGUCAGAUAUAUGAAGGAUCACGACAACAAGGCAGAGCGUGAAAAUAAGUUAAGAAUGAGUUUGAAGGAGGCCAAGGGAAAGAUUAGUAUUUAUGGAGAGAAUCUAGGGUCUUAUUGCAGCUUGUUCUUGGAGAAUAGAAUGGUUUGGGAAAACUACACCGACCAUCAAAGGAUCGCUGAACUCAAGGUCGACCUACCUAAUUUUAUCACAACACAAUUUGUUGAUAAAUAUAAUAAAACAAUUACAAAGGGUAAUACGAAAUCGAUCGAGGAAUGGGUCAAAGUGUUAAGGGACAUUGGUGAGGUAACUUACAAAAAUUAUUUAGAUAAGAAGGAGAGAGAACAGAAGGUUACACCAAGGGUCAAAGAAUUUAACAGUGUUAAAGUACAAAAUGCUGUAGAGAAAUCAGAUAAACCAACUGAUGAAGAAAAGGUUAGAAAACCAUUUGUUAAGGGGAGGCUCACAUGCUUUUACUGCAAGAAAGAGGGACAUGUCAGAAACAGUUGUCCAGAUCUCGCCAAAUAA